AUGAAAGGUUUCGCUGCCGGCUACGAUGAGAUACGACCUGAAAUCUUCAGGGCUGUUCGGCAGCUUGGAUGUUCAAGCCUGGUCUUCACCGGGCACUCGUUGGGUGCUGCCAUCGUCACACAAGCAGCCCUCGAGGCUCGCGCUUGCCACCAUUUCACAACAAGUGUGUGGACCUAUGGGAUGCCUCGUGUCGGCAACAAGGCUUUUGUGGAAGCCUUUGUGGCAACCGCAGCCGACAUGCAUCAGCUACCACCCAUGUGGCGAGUCGUCCGCGAUUUCGACUUGAUCCCACAAGUGCCACCGAGGUGGCUGGGCUACUGGCACAUUCCAUGGGCAGUCAGAUAUUUGAAGGGUGAUGCUGAAUGGAAAAUCUGCCAGGAGAAAUUUGAAGAUCCCGAUUGUAGCUAUCCAGGUGGCGCAAUGGCAGACCAUCACGACUACUUCGGAGUUGUUGGCACGGACGAAAACGAAGCCUCGGAAAAGUGUGUUUCUUCAGUGAGUAUGCAGCAGAAGCAUCGCCAGCGCCGCUCGUGGAUGCUGUGGUUGGAAUUUCUGGCAGGUUCCUGCAGCGUGCUUUGUAUCUGCUGUUGCUUCUUCUGUUGCGGUCCCUGCAGCUGUCUUCGUUGUGCGGGUACGUGCUCUGUCUUUGGGAGCGAGGAGUCGGAGUCGGUUGUCGACACCGAGGGGACCGAUAGUUGCAGCCUAUUGCAACACACGUGA